AAAGUAUUUUAUAAAAUUGCGAAUGUUUUUUUUAAGGGUAAUUGUAAAUAAACAAAGAAACGGUCAAAGGUCAUCACUUCUGGUCAAAGGUUGCAAAACUAAAGCAUGAAAUUAUUCAAAGAUUAGAUAGAUCUGAUUUAUGGGUCAGAAUGUAGUCAAGUGAUUUGUGACAUUUUUGACAUGAUCGUCAGAGGUCUGAGAAAAGUAGCUCCAGUUUUGUUGAACAUUAGUUCAACUAGUCAGAGUUGUAAUUUAGUCAUGUCUAGAUACUGCACAACUAAUUUGUUUACUGACCAAAAGCAAACACAGUUCUACGCUAAGUUUCGCCCACACUACACAUCUGAGAUCUAUAACACAAUAGUAGAGUUUUGUAAAGAAAGUCACAGCGACUUUGAUUUAGCUGUAGAUGUGGGCUGUGGAUCAGGGCAGAGUACUAUCCCAUUAACUGAAUAUUUUAAAAAGGUAAUUGGUGUUGACGUCAGUGAAAACCAGAUAGCCAACGCUGCACAAAAUGCUGAGAAUGUUACUUUUAAAGUCAGCCAUGCAGAGAAUCUAGAUUUCAUCCAGUCAAACACUGUGGACCUAGUCACUGUCGCACAAGCAUUACAUUGGCUGGACCUAGAGAAGUUUUUUUCAGAAGUUUUUAGGCUUUUAAAACCUGGUGGUUCAUUUGUUACCUAUGGUUAUGGUUUGUUCAAGCUAGAACCAGAAGCAGCUGACAAUGUUGUUCAACAUUUUUACGGUAAUGUAUUGGGUAACUAUUGGCCUGAAGGUAGAAAGAUUGUAGAAGAAAAAUAUAUGUCAAUCACACUUCCAUUUCCUGGAUGGAGAAGAAAUGACAGUCUGGCUAUUGUCAAAGAAUGCACCAUUGAUGAGUUUAUAGGCUACAUGGGGUCAUGGUCAGCUUUGAAUGAGUAUGCCAAAGCUAAUCCUGAUAUAAACCUCUUGGAUAUAGUUCGUGAAAGGCUGGAAACAAGUUUAAUUUCACAGACCAAUCAAAAGGCCAUAAAAGUUACAUGGCCAGUAUUUAUGCUAAUGGGUCACACGCCAAUUUCUAGAUAACAUUGAUUUUUGAUGUGUCGUAUAAAUACUUGUAUUCAAAUGUAUUAUCAUAGACCUAAACAUUAAAGCAAAAAAAUGUUUUGAAAAUUGUGACAUUGUGAAUUUUUAAAAAACUUAUGUUUGUUUGUUUUACAUGUUUCGAAUGUUCCUUCAGAGUUGAAGAUAAUUCUGCAUUGUGUUCUAUUGUGUUAUUUUUCAUUGUGUAUAUCUCCAGUUACAAUUUGAUAGAUUUAUCCAGUUCUUUCUCCUCACAUUGAACACAAUCAAAUUUUGAUCUGAAAAAAAUCCAAAAAAUAAUAAAUCCAAAAGGAACAAUUGUGUUUAAAUCACAAUAUUGAAUUCACCUGAAAUAGAUGCAUUAAGCCAAACUAUAUGGUAACAUGAAUUAAAUGAAAAGCUUGAAUGUUUCUUGAUAUGAUGUUCACUUCUCCUUAUAUGUUAUUUUGCUGGUCUGGUUUUAAAGUGACAACUCUAAAUUUCAGAACACAGUAUGCAGCAUAACAAGCUUUUUUUCUCUUUAUCAUAGUAGUGACUGAUAAUACCAUUAAAUGAUAUAAUUAUAGUUGCUUUGUUUAUAAACAACUUCAAGGUUAGGCUCUAAUGGAAUGCCUAGCAGCUUGUAUCAUUUAAAAAAUUUCACAAUA